AUGAUAUCUAGUGGCGUCUUCGGCCAUACGUUCCUCAACAACCUAAUUAUCGAUGGUAAAGAUACUGGCACUGGAAAAUGCAUCCGGCCAGUUACAGACAUCUGCCCAGUCAAGGCAGGCUCCAAAAUAGGCGUAGAGUGGCACCACGACACUGGCGGUCCCACGGACAGAGUCAUUUCCGAGUCCCACCGCGGCCCUUGUCUAGUUUACAUGGCCCGCAUGGACCAGCCCAUCGCCGGCGCAGUGUGGUUUAAAAUAUAUGAGGAAGGAUACAACUCCAAGACCAAGCAGUGGUGCACAGACAAAAUAAGAGCAAGCCACGGUGUUUUAAACAUUACCAUUCCGGCCAACAUCCAAAGCGGCAAUUACUUGCUAAGAACAGAAAUCAUUGCUCUCCAUGAAGCCCAGAAAAAAGGAUACGCCCAGUUUUAUCCUAAUUGCGCACAGGUAAACGUUGUUGGUGGCGGCAGUGCCAAGCCCCAGGGCUACAAGAUUCCGGGAAUUUACAAGGCUGAUGACCCCGGAAUCUUUGUCAACUAUCGUAAGGAUCCUACUAGCUACGUCAUUCCUGGCCCUCCCGUCUAUAUGCCUGGUAAUGUCAAAGUAGAGAGGUUUUAUACUUCUUCAGCUGGCAACUGA